AUGUUGGGGGAGGGCGUGUCUGUGCUCAGGGGGGGCGUGUCUGUGGUCAGGGGGGGCGUGUCUGUGGUCAGGGGGGCUUGUCUGUGGCCAGGGGGCGUGUCUGUGAGGGGCGUGUCUGUGGUCGGGGGGGCGUGUCUGUGGUCAGGGGGGGCGUGUCUGUGGUCAGAGGGGCGUGUCUGUGGACAGGGGGGCAUGUCUGUGGGGGCGUGUCUGUGGUCAGAGGGGUGUGUCUGUGGUCAGAGGGGGGCGUGUCUGUGGUCAGGGGGGGCGUGUCUGUGGUCAGAGGGGCGUGUCUGUGGUUGGGGGGGCGUGUCUGUGGUCAGAGGGGCGUGUCUGUGGUCAGAGGGGCGUGUCUAUGGUAAGAGGGGCGUGUCUGUGCUCAGGGGGCGUGUCUGUGGUCAGAGGGGUGUGUCUGUGGUCAGAGGGGGGCGUGUCUGUGGUCAGGGGGGGCGUGUCUGUGGUCAGAGGGGCGUGUCUGUGGUUGGGGGGGGCGUGUCUGUGGUCAGAGGGGCGUGUCUGUGGUCAGAGGGGCGUGUCUGUGGUCAGAGGGGGGCAUGUCUGUGGUCAGAGGGGGGCGUGUCUGUGGUCAGAGGGGCGUGUCUGUGGUCAGAGGGGGGCGUGUCUGUGGUCAGAGGGGCGUGUCUGUGGUCAGAGGGGCGUGUCUGUGGUCAGAGGGGCGUGUCUGUGGUCAGAGGGGGGCGUGUCUGUGGUCAGAGGGGCGUGUCUGUAGUCGGGGGGGACGUGUCUGGUCAGGGGGGCGUGUCUGUGGUCAGGGGGGCGUGUCUGUGGUCAGAGGGGCGUGUCUGUGAGGGGGGCGUGUCUGGGGUCAGAGGGGCGUGUCUGUGGUCAGAGGGGCGUGUCUGUGGUCAGAGGGGCGUGUAUAUGGUCAGAGGCGCGUGUCUGUGGUCAGAGGGGCGUGUCUGUGGUCAGGGGGGGCGUGUCUGUGGUCAGGGGGGGCGUGUCUGUGGUCAGGGGGGCGUGUCUGUGGUCAGGGGGGGCGUGUCUGUUGUCAGGGGGGGCGUGUCUGUGGUCAGAGGGGGCGUGUCUGUGGUCAGGGGGGGCGUGUCUGUGGUCAGAGGGGGCGUGUCUGUGGUCAGAGGGGCGUGUCUGUGGUCAGAGGGAGGCGCGUCUAUGGUCAGAGGGGCGUGUCUAUGGUCAGAGGGAGGCGUGUCUAUGGUCAGAGGGGGGCGUGUCUAUGGUCAGAGGGGGGCGUGUCUAUGGUCAGAGGGGGGCGUGUCUAUUUUCAGAGGGGGGUGUGUCUGUGGUCAGAGGGGCGUGUCUGUGGUCAGAGGGGCGUGUCUGUGGUCAGAGGGGGGCGUGUCUGUGAGGGGCGUGUCUGUGGUCAGAGGGGGGCGUGUCUGUGGUCAGAGGGGCGUGUCUGUGGUCAGAGGGGCGUGUAUAUGGUCAGAGGGGGGCGUGCCUGUGGUCAGAGGGGGGCGUGUCUGUGGUCAGAGGGGCGUGUCUGUGGUCAGAGGGGGCGUAGGGGGCGUGUCUGUGGUCAGAGGGGGGCGUGUCUGUGGUCAGAGGGGCGUGUCUUUGGUCAGAGGGGCGUGUCUAUGGUCAGAGGGGGGCGUGUCUGUGGUCAGAGGGGGCGUGUCUGUGGUCAGAGGGGGGCGUGUCUGUGGGUCCGAGGGGCGUGUCUGUGAUCAGAGGGGCGUGUCUAUGGUCAGAGGGGGGCGUGUCUGUGGUCAGAGGGGCGUGUCUGUGGUCAGAGGGGCGUGUCUGUGGUCAGAGGGGCGUAGGGGCGUGUCUAUGGUCAGAGGGGCGUGUCUGUGGUCAGAGGGGGGCGUGUCUGUGGUUGGGCAGUCUCACCACUUUCUUCCUCAGACUGUGUUUGUCCUUCUUGGCUGUGGUGUAGUGCAGCGGGGGGUGCUCCAGGAUCACUUCCUGUCUAUGGCAGCCAUUUUCUCUGGGGGCGCAGGGACCAACAUCAUCAGUCUGCACCGUCGGCCCCUUUCUCACCAGAACUUAUCAGCCCAGACCAGACCAGACCAGACUGGGACCAAGAAACCCUCUGCUUCAGUGGUGACAGUGACCGUUGUUGUUCCAAUGGAGCUUAACCUGAACUAA